AUGGAGAAGAAGGAUUUUGAGACAUGGCUUGAAAACCUUUCAGCAUCCUUCUUCACCUUGACUGACCUGCAGAAAAAUGAGACUUUGGAUCACUUGAUCAGCCUAAGUGGGGCAGUGCAGCUACGGCAUCUCUCCAAUAAUCUGGAGACACUUUUGAAGAGAGAUUUCCUGAAACUUCUUCCACUGGAGCUCAGCUUCUAUUUGCUAAAGUGGCUGGACCCGCAGACCUUACUCACAUGCUGCCUGGUCUCCAAGCAAUGGAACAAGGUGAUAAGUGCCUGUACAGAGGUGUGGCAGACUGCAUGUCGGAGUUUAGGCUGGCAGAUUGAUGACACCGUGCAGGAUACACUUCACUGGAAGAAUGUUUACCUGAAGGCCAUCUUGCGAAUGAAACAACUGACCAAUCAUGAAGCAUUCCAGACUGCAUCACUGAUUGGGCACAGUGCCAGAGUUUAUGCACUUUAUUAUAAAGAUGGCCUCCUCUGUACAGGCUCAGAUGACUUAUCCGCUAAACUGUGGGACGUCAGCACUGGUCAGUGUAUAUAUGGGAUCCAGACACACACAUGUGCGGCUGUGACCUUCGAUGAACAGAAACUUAUCACUGGCUCCUUUGAUAACACAGUGGCCUGCUGGGACUGGAGCUCAGGAGCAAGAAUUCAGCACUUCCGGGGUCAUACAGGGGCAGUGUUUAGUGUGGACUAUAAUGAUGAACUGGACAUUCUGGUCAGUGGCUCUGCGGAUAACACUGUGAAAAUCUGGGCCUUAUCUUCCGGAUCAUGCUUGAAUACGCUCACUGGACACACAGAGUGGGUCACCAAGGUGGUCUUGCAGAGCUGUCAGGUGAAAUCUGUCAUGCAUAGUCCUGGAGAUUACAUCCUUCUAAGUGCUGAUAAAUAUGAAAUUAAGAUUUGGCCUAUUGGAAGGGAAAUCAACUGCAAAUGCUUGAAGACACUGUACGUGUCGGAUGACCGGAGCAUUACGCUGCAGCCACGUCUGCACUUCGAUGGCAAAUACAUUGUAUGCAGCUCAGCAUUAGGACUCUACCAAUGGGACUUUGCCAGCUAUGAAAUUUUAAGAAUUAUAAAAAUGCCAGACUCCACCAGCCUCUCCCUUCUCGGCUUUGGUGACAUUUUUGCUCUUUUGUUUGACAACCACCACUUGUACAUCAUGGACUUACGGACUGAGAAAGUGAUCAGCCGCUGGCCCUUGCCAGAGUAUAGGAAGUCCAAGAGGGGCUCCAGCUUCUUGGCCGGAGAAAUGGCAUGGCUGAAUGGCUUGGAUGGUGUUAAUGAUGUUGGCUUAGUCUUUGCCACAAGUAUGCCUGAUCACAGUAUCCAUUUGGUAUUGUGGAAAGAAAAUGGCUGA